AUGUCUUCCGGAAAACAAGAAUCUAACAUUUCUUCUAUGUCAAAAUUUUUUGAAAGUGAUACCUCAGAAAAAGAAAAUGUAACACGUAAUGAUAGACUGUUGAAUGCGACCGGAAGGUCCUCUGUGCAGUGUAAGACCAUCGUGAACGUCGGAUUUUGCAAAAUACCGAAAGAAGUGUACAGGAAAACAAUCCACAGAGGAUUUGCAUUUAAUAUAAUGUUGGUUGGUGUUACGGGCCUUGGAAAAUCUACACUUUUAAACACACUCUUCAUGACAAACGUAUACAGUGAAGAAAAUCCAGGGCCUUCUGUGCGUUACUACAAGGAUGGCAACAACCAAUCAGUGUCCUCGACUACCUUUACGGUGAGCGAGCAGAACGUCAACCUGACAGUGACGGUAGUCGACACGCCAGGAUUUGGCGAGGCGCUGGACAACUCCUGCUGCUGGCGUCUGCUAGUGGACGAGAUCAAUCGCCGCAACGCCGCCUUCAUGGAGGCCGAGUCUCGCGUAAACAGGCAAACUGUGGGCUCAGGUGGCCGAGCCGGGCGUCUUGGCGUCUACCCGGAGCCUCUCAUCCACGCCUGCCUCUACUUCAUUCCACCCACGGGGCAUGGGCUGCGUCUGAUGGAUCUAGAGGCUAUGCGUGCCCUCCACGACAAGGUUUUCGCAUCGUCAAGUGUGAAACCAGGGUGUGCCGUAGUGGCACUCCACAAACUGCCUUCUGGUGAAUUUUAUUCCAAAGUGGAUGCCUUCUGCCCCGUGCAGGUCAACCUCAUUCCCAUCAUCGCGAAAGCCGACACAAUGACCGUGGAGGAGUGCAAGGCCUUCAAGCUGGCCGUGCAGAGUCAGCUGCUGCGCGAGGGCAUUCGCACCUACGACUUUCCACUCUCCGCCAUGCCUGAAGUGACUUCCUGCGCUGCCACCUCGACGACGUCCAACGACGUCCGCGUGGCAGAGGUCAAGCGACUGCGCCUGCGGCAGCCCUUCGCCGUGUGCACAAGUUCAACUGUCAUUACCAAAGAAGACGGCACCAAGGCACGUGUGAGGUGUCGUGUCUAUCCCUGGGGUACAGUGGAGACGGAUAGUUUGGAGCACAACGAUUUUCAGGCGCUUAAAACUCUCCUAAUGCGCUACUUUAUGCAGGAUCUGAUUGACGUAACAUACACCACUCAUCACGCCAACUACCGGACAAACCAUCUGCUGAACAUCAUGCAAGCAGCCAACUUCAGUCUGCAAGACGGGCGCGAACCGCUGAGCCAAUUGGACGCAGAACGACACGCGCACCAGCUUAAAUUGGACAGGCUUGUGGAGGAGAUGAACGAGGUGUACGUUGAGAAGGUACGAGAGCGCGAAAAACGUUUAAAGGAUACUGAACGCGAAAUGGCAGAGAAGAUAAGGCAGAUGCAGCAGCAGCUGGAAGUGGACACGGAGAACCUUGCUGCGGCACGUCAAGCCUUCAACGAUGAGCGCCUCUCCUGGGAAAUUGAAAACCGCGACUACGCUGACCAGGAGAACGUGAUUCCAAAGCCAACACCCAGGCCCUCGUCGCCUGGUUUUCUGUCUAACAAAUGGCGGAAAUUUCGGUCUCGUUCGCGAGCACGCAACCAUCGCAAGAAAACGUCGCCUCAAGCUGGCCGCAGUUGGAGCUGUCAUUCAGUGCCGGAACACGCUGGUGGUUGUUCCACACGACGUCAGCCUGUUGCCAGUGGUGCGUGGCGUUGUAGUCGACGUCCACUGCACGUUCCACGUACAUGUGCCGUCAACGUGGCUGCCGAACGCAAGACCACCACGUAUCCACGGUCGAUUCUGAGGGAGAACAACAAUAACAACCACGGCUGGCGCGCCACCAUCUACUGGGACGCUGUGGGUGCACCUCUGGCCAGAAUGGAAGGACAGUAG